GCAUCCGGCACGAAAGUUCUCUUCGCUCUUCCGAGGUCACCCGAACUCGUGUGCUUGUUCUCUCUCUGGAGCUAAGGCCGCAUCGGCGACUUGCACAGAUUCUAAGUUCCAUCCGGCUUUCAGCAACAAAAUCUAAACAGCAAAAAUGGUUUCCGAGGCCGAGCUCGCUUGCGUUUACUCCGCACUGAUCCUCGUUGACGACGAUAUCGCCGUAACUGGUGAGAAAAUACAGACAAUUCUGAAGGCGGCAAACGUAAAUGUCGAGUCUUACUGGCCUGGACUUUUCGCCAAAGCGUUGGAGGGUGUAAAUGUUAAAGAACUGAUCACCAAGAUCGGAUCUGGUGUUGGAGCUGCACCUGCAGCUGGUGCUCCCGCUGCUGCAGCGCCCGCCAGUACCGAGGCUGCUCCAGCUAAGGAGGAGAAGAAGAAGGAGGAACCGGAGGAGGAGUCGGACGAUGACAUGGGCUUCGGUCUAUUCGACUAAGCUCAAGGAUCGCGAUUGGUCCAUUCCUUUUUAUGUAUGUACAGUUAUAUUGUACAAUAAACUGUUACAAUAAACAGUGAAACAUUUGACAAAAGGUA